UGUAAAUCUAUUACUGCUCAUUCUCUACUAUACCAGCCUUUUUUAUAUCAGAUUAGUUUGUGACGAUGUUUUCUUUCUAUGGUUGUUUUUCUACUUCGUUAUUGUUUUGGCUUUCCUAUUGUUCGAUUCGAGAGCAGCUGAUGAGUCUUAUGGAGACGAACCGGUUAAGUGUACUAAAUAAAAAGUAUGUUUUAUCCACUAACAUGUAUGCUUGAAAACUGUUUAUUUAAAACAAAGGAGAAAAAAAAAUAUAUUGACCAUCUCGCUAACUGUUUUGAAUGUUUGAUUAUAUUCUAGAUGUAUUUUAUCAUGAGCUAGUAGCUGCUUUACAAUUAAAAGGCUAACAUUCAUUGAUCGUAUCAAGUACACUUCAAGUAACUAUACGUGUUCGCCUCGAGUGCCGGAGGUCGUUGGUUCGAACCUCGGCCGGGUCAAACUAAAGACUUCAAAAUUGGUAUUGGCUGCUUCUCCGCUAAGCAUACGGCAUUAAGGAGUAAGAGCAAAGACUGGUUGGCUCGGAGUCAGAAUAAUGUGUCCGGGUAAGAUGACAUGUCUUCCUGCGGACUGUUACCUUGUGAACUAGCACGUCAAAAUUCCGGCUCAGUGUGUCCGCCUAGUACAAUGCAGGGUUUAUAUUCAUAUUAAAUUAACAUGUUCUCGUCCGGAAUAUGCAUAUUAAUUUGCCGCUGGACGUUAGGCAGUCAUCAUCAUCAUCAUCGUCAUCAUCAUCAUCAUCAUCAUCAUCAUCAUCAUCAUCAUCAUCAUCAUCAUCAUCAUCAUCAUCAUCAUCAUCAUCAUCAUCAUCAUCAUCAUCAUCAUCAUCAUCAUCAUCAUCAUCAUCAUCAUCAUCAUCAAGUAACUAUAAAGUGGUCAUAAACGGGACUAUUCUUUACCAUGCUACCAGCUGGUAAAGGACAUGCAUAAAAGAUAAUGUACUUUCAGGUAUAGCUGCCUCUUCUACUUUUGAUGUAACUCUUAUGACAUGCUUACUCCGGAAUUUGUCAAACAUUAAUAUCCAAGACAACCUUCCAGUAUCAACUGAUACGACUGAAGGGGCAGCUUUGGCAAGAAUCAAAUUUUAUCGAAAUGAGAUUGCUCAUAACGAUAGUGGAACCCUGACAGAACAACAAUUUCAUCACUGCUGGAAAGAAGUUGGUCAGGCUAUAACACUCCUCGGAGGACAAAAUUACACACAAUUGUGUGCUGAUUUGAAAGUCUGUAAUCUUGAUGGUCAUGACAAGGAAAUUUUGAUAGAACUUAGAAAUAUAAGAAGCGAAAUCCCGAAAGGAGCAACAGUUGUACAUAACAGUCUAUUAGAAGAAUGGUCCCGUAUUGACGAAAAGGUUGUUCAAACCAAAGCUUUCCAACGUAUAUUAGAACUUCUCCACGACGAACACGUCUUGACAGUUAUAGGUCCGCCAGGAUGUGGAAAAUCGAUCGCGAUACACCAUGCUGCUCUUCAGCUACGCGAUAAAGAGGAUUAUGUUAUCGUUCCAGUUAAUUUUCCAGGUGAAAUUAUACAGUACUAUAAUCCAGAGUGCAAACAAGUAUUUGUUUAUGAUGAUAUAUGUGGUAAAUAUGCCAUAAACCUUCAAAUGGUAGACAACUGGUGUGUACUAUCAAAUGCGAUCCAAGUUAUUUUAAGUAGCAAAUACGUAAAAAUAUUAAGUUCAUGCAGAAAUUAUAUUUUCAAAGAUAGAUGCUUUUCUAAAGUAAAACUUCUUUCUGAAGUUCAUGUUGACAUAACAUCCCCAAAAUAUGCGUUGUCUGAGAAAGAAAGAUCUCUCAUCGCAGAGGUUUACCUAUCGGCAAAGGAAGUAACAGUUUUACAGAAAUCAAACAUAUUUACGAAAUACGACUUCUUUCCUCUUUUAUGUCAGUUGUAUUCAUCAAAAGAGUCAAGCGAUGUAGAAGUGUAUUUUUCUGAUCCUAUUGAAGCAAUUAAUAUAGAACUAGAAUCUCUAAUGAACGAAACUGAUCAAACAACUUUUGCAACACUAUUUUUAUUUGUUAUCUAUAAUAACUGCAUAGACGAAAACAUUUUCAGUCGGAAGGUAGAAAUAAGAAAUAUUUUACUGGAUUUAUCUGAUCAUUUUGAAAUUUCGUCUGUUUUGUCAAUCAAUGUUGUAAAAUUACAAUUGAAUAAGCUCAUCGACAGUUUUGUAAAGAAAUUUGAAAACUCUUAUUGUAUACUACACGACAAGAUUUUUGACAUCCUGGUUUUGUUUUGCGGUAACAAACAUUUUGAUCUCUGUCUCAAAGUCGCACAUACAGAUAUAAUACGUGACCGAUUCCAGUUCCAGUCAUUUAAUGCAGACGAGUCCGAAGGUAUCAUUCUUGUUGCUGCGAAUAAGGAAGACGCAUAUUUUGACAGAAUUUCAAAUGACAUUCGUGAUGGUCAUAUAGAAAAUGUGUUCACCAACAUUCAGAUAACUUAUACGUCCUAUCAACAAAACCUUUUGAAACACCUGGAAAAUAACGAGGAUUUGCGAAACAACAUUUUAUCUUUAUCAGAAAAAGAAUCGUCACCAUUACUUACAGUUGCAAAUCAGGGAUUCAACUAUCUUGUACACUCACUGAUUGAUAUUGGAUUUAAUGUAAAUGUUCUUGACAAAAAUGGUCGAUCCCCUCUGUUUCUUGCUACUGAUAGUGACUAUAUUGAAACUGUCGAAUUAUUAUUGAAUAAAGCUGCUCAUCCUGAUCUAUGUGACAACAAAAAGAUAUCGCCGCUCCACAUGGCAUGUCUAAAUGACGACAUUGAAAUGGUAAAAUUAUUGAUAAAUUCCAAGUGCAGCAUAGACAUUCGUACUGACUAUGGCCAUACACCACUCUUCUUUGCAUCAUUGUUAGGUCAUACAGAAAUUGUCAGUUUUUUGCUAGAACACAAGUGUGAUAUUAAUAUUAACAGUAGAAAUAAUAAUACCCCAUUACAUGCUGCCUGCUUUCUUGACAACGCGAAGAUUGUACAAUUACUGAUAGAUUUUGAAUGUGAUCCUAUUAUAUUGUCUGUGUAUGAUGAAUCUGCACUUUUUGUUGCUUGUCUGAAUAACAGCAUUUUAUCAGCAGGAUUAUUAUUAGAAAAGGGAUUGAACCCUAAUAUGUAUACACAUGUGGAAGGAAAAUAUAAUCCGCGUAACGAAAUGAAUGAAAUGAAAACAUCAAAUGAUGCGCUUCAAGAUGACUUACACCAGUUUGCGUGCGCACUACUUUUAGAGAAUGGAGGGUUAUUCGAUAAUUUGUGUGCAAAACAUGUAGUGGAUAUGAAUUGGCUUUCUUUUAUUUACUUGAAAGGCCCCUUAACAAAACCGCAUUCAUCAUUUAAUAUGACUCCACUUUUUAUUGCAUCAUCAAGUGGAUUCAUUGAUUUAGUUGAAUUGUUGUUAGAGCGAGAAGCUAAUCCAAAUUUGGGAAAUGGUUUUAAUGAAACUCCAUUAUUUUCUGCAGCUGAAAAAGGAUACAUAGAAAUUGUAAAUUUGCUUUUCGAAUUUAAGGCUGAUCCAAAUUUAUGUAACAAUUAUAAUGUAUCCCCGCUGCAGGCAGCAGCUGUGAAUGGAUUUUCGGAAAUUGUUUCUUUGUUAUUAAUUAAUGGAGCAAAUCCUAACCAUAAUGAUGAUGACAAUGGCCCACCACUGAUCCUUGCUACACACAGAUGUUUUUAUGAUAUUGUUGAAAUACUGUUGAAAUUUAAUGCUGAUCCAAAUAUUAACAAUGUCAAAGGCGAAACGUGUUUGCACUUGGCUACACAUAUUGGUGAAGUUGAAAUUGUUAGAUUACUCCUACAAAAUCACGCGGAUCCAAACGCUGUUGAUAAUAGUUUGAAUACACCAUUGCAUAUAGCGUCACAUGCUAUACGUAACUAUGUGAUAAUCACGUCUAUGGUUUGGAGAAACAUUGUAUUCAUGGGUUGGGAAAAACUGUUUAUCUCAUACCUAGACGACAUAUCGAUGUUGUUUCACCAACAAUUCAGAGAAAUCGUCAAAUUAUUAUUAAGGUAUAAAGCUGAUCCAUUUAGCGUUGUUUAAGAUGAAAGUUCAAAUAUUUUGAGAAAUAGGACAAUAAAGCGACUAGACAAAUAUAUCAAAGUGUCUCUCAACAGGAAAGAUGGUGGAAUCUUAUAACAUAAACGGUACCAUUUUUUUCUGCACCAUAACACAUUUCGACAAUCAAUGUCUCAUGGAAAAAAUCUAUGAAGUUUAAUAUAUAUUUUGUUUGGAUUAAUUUUCAAUGGUAAUAAAAGACAAUUUUGUUUUAUUACGUUAUUAUACGUUAUGUAUGCUAAAUAAGUUCACAAGGAUUAGUCCACAGGAAUACAAGUUACCAUGUCGGUACACAUUAUUCCUACUCCGAGUCAAACAGCUUUUACUUCUAAAUGGCGCAUGUGUAGUAGAGAGGCUGCAAAUAUCGAUUUUCAAAUUUUGUUUUCACCAGAGAUGCAACUCUUGACUUCUCACAAUCGAUGAGAUCACGCUACCAAGAGACGAUCGAGUUGGUCAUUCUAGCUAUUUGUUUCGUAGUUAUUUUAAGAUUUUCA